AUGAGCGGGGGGAGGCGGACGCUGCUGCUGCUGCUGCUGCUCUGCUGCUCUAGCGUUACAGGCAAUGGCGGGGCCUCACAUCAGAAGCCUCAGGCAUUGCAGAGGACCAUCGACGUCGAUGGUCGCCGGAUCCUCUUGGCCAAGAGCGGAAAGCGGACCUGCAAUGCGACCAUGGCGUAUGUUCUGCGAGAAGCGCACUCGACCUGGAACGACAAGAUUGGAUUCGCAGCGACAGGACAGUUGUCUUGGACACCCAAGUAUUCCGAAGAGGAUGUCGGUAUAUCACAGUAUAUGAAGAAGAGGACGCAGGGCAUUCAUGGCGUUCUCAAGGGAACCUGGUCAGACUUUGUGGUGCAGGAGGUGCGAAUAGAUGAUCAGAGGGUCGUCAACCUUCCUGCAGACGAUCAGGUCAAGGCAGAGGACAUGAAAGAGGGAAAAGCAGCAGCAAGGCAGAAAUGGCUGAAGUUCACGCUGUGCAAGAUGGGGCUGGACACCAUCAGUGCUAUCAGGAUAAUUGCAAGGAUGGCAAACAUCCCAUACACUUCAUUCAGAUUUGCAGGCAUCAAAGACAAGUAUGGCAUCACCUUGCAAGAAGUUACUUUGAUGUCCCAUUACUCCCAUCGUUUCCGAGAUCUUGUGUCUUCCGAAUACAAGGUGAAGAAUGGCAAGAUUUGGAUCAGCGAGGUCGAAAAUUGCAGCCGACCGUUGCACAGUGGAGAACUUUACGGAAACAGAUUUGUAGUCGUCUUACGAAAUGUCACUCUGGACCACAAGACGAUGCAUCGAUCAGUCCGAAGGCUCAGAAAGGGAGGCUUUCUGAACUACUUCGGUAUGCAGAGAUUUGGGGGGGGAUCUAUUCCGUCUCUUGAGGCCGGACGACACCUAUUGUUGAUGAACCACUCAGCGUUCGUUCAGAGUAUUAUGAGUACGCGUUUGUCCACAAACAAGCAAGAAAUAGAAGCAAAAGAACUCUACGAGAAAAAUGGUGCUGGUUUUCUAUGGCAUCUUGUAUCUGAGAGCAUGAAUCAAGCGGAGAAGCAAUUUUUGGAGGCAAGGAAUUUACACAUCUUUUGCAGGGCUGCUGUUUCUGCUAUUCCUUUCAAAAGUCUGUUCGUACAGUCAUACCUUUCUGGGUUAUGGAAUGAAGCAUGCUCAUAUCGGAUCAAGCGUUAUGGAAGCAAACAAGCAGUGGAAGGUGACAUAAUCCUCUUGGAAACUAUCGGCGGAGGACAAAAAGGGAAAAAGAUGCAGAAGAUCAAGAUAGUGUCCGAGCAAGAUGCUAAAAAUAGAACUUAUUCCAUCUUGGAUGUCGUCUUGCCAAUGUUUGCAGAGGGCAGACGAGUUGUAUUGCCUAGAAACCGCAUGGGAAAGUGGCUGAAGAAGCGUAUGAAGGUCGAGAAUAUAAUGCAUACCAUGAAAGUGGUCGAGAUAGAGGAUGUGGACGGCUGUUGCGUGUCUGUAGAUCAAGAAGACUGUGAAGAUGAGAUGCAAACAAGGCCCAGCAAAGCAACUCGCAGCAAGACAUUCACUGAGGUCUGUAAGUUCAGACACGUCGUGGUUCGUCCUCAGCGUAUGAGGUCCUCAGUCAGGCGCUACUCGAGCGUUGACGAUGCUGUGUUUCGGGGUUUGAGUGAAGACUUGAUGUCUGUUAAUCCUCUGCUUACGCGCAUUCAUGAAUGA